GAGCUGUCGAAUACAGAAUAAACUGUAUUUUUGAGCUUGCAGUUACAUGAAGGGAGCAGUGAAUAUAGUAUUGGGAAAGGUAGAGAUCAACUUGUUUGGAGGGGCGACUUCUCAGCCUCACUCCGACUUGGCGAGCAAAACAAAAGGCAAAUGUCAUUUCUUAGUUUCUGGUUUAGUGGAUUAUGCAAUAGCAGUCAGGUGUGGUAGGCUACUGCGCCUACCUAUAAAAUGCCGACGGCCUCAGGGCGGCAGAAAAAUAGAGAAACCUUUACUGCCUCUUAGUGAUUGUCGGGAUUUUUGCAGCCCCAGAUAUGGUAGUCUAUGAUCUAUGAUUUACCGUGUUGUAUAAACGCUAUCCCUUACGUUGAUAUACGAAGUUGUUCAAAUGGAAACGGAUUUCGUUGGUGUUAAUGUGUAUAAUGAAUUGGUAGAUGAGGUUGCUUUUAGAUUGGUGUUUAUUUAGUGAAAUUGUGCACGGAGAAGCGGAUCUUUUCUACGGUUGCUAAAAACUAAGGCUGUUUCCAGAAAUCAAGCUUAAUUUAUUCAUUAUGUGGCACCAAGUCGUUUUUGACUCCUUGCAACCUCCUAUUUUCUUCAUGAUAACUUGUUUCUUCAGGUUUCCCAGUGAUGCACACAUGGCCAUUGUGACUGAAUCCAUCCACCUUAUUACUGAUAACUUAAUUUCCUUUUUGUUUAUUUAUGGAACUGUGUUUUUCUUUAGGGCUUUUACUGCAAAAGAGAUAAGUUGGUAUGUGUUGUUAUAUACCCACAGCAUCUGAGUCACAAAGCAGCUGAUAGAAUUUUAGCCUAAUAUGUUGUGUAAAACUCCCAUAUGUGUUAGUUUAUGUUUUACAAUGUCAUAUGAAUUUAAGCAGUUUGAUCUAGUUUAAUCCUGAAUAAACAUGUCAAUUGGAAUUGCAUUAUCCUUGUCUUGCGUAUCUAUCUUGAUCCUCCCACUUUUAUUGUGCGUGCUUUUAAAUCAAUGCUGAUUCCUGCAGACUGCUUUGAAAAGUCCCUGCAAUUUUCUUGGCAAGAUUUUCAGAAGUGAUACGCCAUUGGCUUCUUCCUAGGGCCAUAGUUACCCAACUGGCUACAUGCCAAAAGCAGGACACAACUCAAUUUCUACUUUGGUGCUUUAACCACUACAUCAGUGCUUUUCUUUUUCCUCCCUGCUUAUUUCUGACAUACUUGUGGGGAAAUUGUAGGAGGAAGGUGUGUUGGAUAUGUUCCCCAACUUGAGUUAUAUGUAAAAACAGUAAAGGUGGGGUACAAAUACUAUAUAUUUAUUUAUUUGUUUGUUUUCUGAUUGUUAUUUAUUUAUUUAUUUUAUUUUUUAUUUAUUUUAUUUAUUUAUUUUAUUUAUUUUUUAUUUAUUUAUAUUUAUAUGCAGCUCACCAGCUCAAAUCCCCCUGCAACUCAGACUAAUCUGAGCACAACCAAGCCCCCACCCAAACAGGACACACCCCCAUCCAAUCAGAGCACAAAAAAACCCAUCCAAUCAGAGCACAGCCAAGCUCCCACCCAAUCAGUUCAAACCCCCACUAGCAGUUAAAAAGGAAGAAACAGCUGCAAUCACACAUUGCUUCCAGAAGCACGAAGCUGAAGCCUGAAGAUGACAAAUGAGACUUCGUCGAAACGUCGCCAAGACACGUCCAAUUUUACGCGGGAGAAAACCCGAAUAACCAAAGACCUACAUACAAACACCCGCGAAAACCUCAGAAAAUGCAUAAAUAUAUUUAUUUAUAUAUAUAUAAAAUACUAUUAAGGCAGCAUAUUAGGGUUCUUAGACCUGGGCCAUCUAGACAACUAUUAUGUGGCAACCUUUGCAUUUUGAUUUUCAUUACUACAGCUUGCAAAUCUUCUGCAUUUUCAGCUGUCAGAGUAGCAUCAUUAGGCAUUUGAUGUUUCUUCCUCCAUUUUCAAAACCAUGCUCAUCUUCUUCCAGUCUGUCUUCCUGGACUGUAUAAUCUGCAUAUAGGUUGAAUAGAUAGCAGUUGAAAAUGGCUUUGGAGGGGCACAUAGCCAAGAGAAAGCUGAAUGGAUGGUGGGGGCUGUGGAGCAAUACUUUGAAAGCAAUGCUGACCUUGAACCAGAGGAGAUAGAGGACUUCCUUGCUGAAUUGAUGAACAAUGAAUUUAACACUAUAAUAGAAGAUGGAAGCUUGACUCAGGUGCUCGGGAGAAAGGGAGGACUUGCUGUGCCUGUCAGUACCUCCUUAGAGAAGCUGUGCUUUUUCCAGUGCUUGCACGGCUAUGCAGUUUCAGCAAAACAGAGCAAUCAGGGAGAUAUAGCAGCAAUGCGUGAUGCCAUUAUCCACCUUGGACAGAAGAAGCAAGAGGCUAGGAGAGCAGUUGCCAAAUCUCAGCCAGCUGCAGAAAGCAGCAGUGAAGAAGAACAAGAAACAGAAGAGGCCAUGGACUGCAGUGCUGGUUCCAGCAUGAAUGGAAUACAAAGCAACCCGUCUCCACUGUCAGAUAGGACCACUGAAGAUGGAUGGAUGCUGGUGACAAGGAAAAAGAAAUGAAGGAAAAAAACUAUGGCAGAUCUGGACAGAUGCAGCAGUGAACCCUUUUGUGCUGCCAAGCCUUGAACUUCUCUAUAGGACACAUGACAGGCUCCCACAGAAGCCUGGGCACAUUGGAAGCACUUUGUUGACUGUAUCUUUGCUCCUGACUUUACAGAGCCUGAAUGGAAUUCAACUUGGCAUAAAAUAUUUUUAAUAUUUAAAGUUUCUUCCCCCUCAAAAUUGGAAGAUGUUCUUCCCGGAGUUUGAAACGAACAUUGAACAACAGUGUAGGUUCUUUGUUGGAGAAAGUUAUUCUGCUGUGUGCUGUUCAUCGAUCAUCUUGUUCAAGUCAUUGGAAAGGAGGCAACUAUUUCUCCUCUUUCCAGGAAGGCAAAAUCUAACCAUCCUUACUAUGCAAAGAAAGGACUGCAUUCACUCAUACUCAAAGAAAAAAAAAAGAGUGUAACAGAAAAAAAUCUUGUAUUUAAAAAAAAAAAGAACAGUGAAAAACAAAAUACAACAAUGAAACGAAAAGUAAAAUGGACAAUACACAAAUCAUGAUGGUAGGACACAGGAAGUUUUGGUCAAGAAAAACUUCCCUUCCCCUAACCUUUGCAGUGGCCAGCCACUAUACAAGAGCAACAAUAAAAUAUUAUUUUGGUAAGAU